CCAAGGUACAUGUAGAAAAGGAAAAGGGAAUACACAAAUUAUUAAAUGCACAGAACCUAGACAAGUUGAUUUAGUAGAUGUACGGUUGAAAGUGUUUUUCCAUUUCAUUGCUUUAAAGGACCCUCAAUUGGCCACGUAUUGAAUUUUAGUAUACGUAAGGCUUCCAUUCAAGUCCGAGAUGUGCUACAAAUGAGUUUUGCAUUCGAAACGUUGAGCAAAUCUCUGCGCAGCGUACUGGAUUAUUCAAGUGUGAGAUGUGAGUGUGGAUGUAUGUGUGUGUAUGGGUGGAUGACGUCACGCCAACCGCCGCUAUCGCGCUCAACGCUAUCGCGAAGUGGUGAUUAUCGUGACGGAGAUUAAAUAUUUUUUGCCCCAUUCGCAGCUACGGGAAGCGCGAGGUGGAGAAGGGGCAGGCCUGCGUCCACAUGAUGUGAUAUGGUAUGCUCCUUUGUCUGAUAUACCCAUUGACGAGUAGAUACCUUAGAAUCCCAAUGCUAUUAAAUCUCUGAAGUGGACUGCAUUUAUUUCUACCUAUUUGAUGUGUCGUGGUGUAGGAUAUGGAUGUUGCAUUAGUGGUCAACACCACCUACGCAGUGCGUUCCGACAAAUUAAUUCGGGUAGAGAGCACUACCAACGUGGUGUGAGAUUCUUGAGUAUGCUUACAAAUGUUUGUUUUUUGAAUUUCUGAUCCCUUACCUCUGACCACUACCAGUGUCCCUUUUCUUAUUGGUGAACCCAUCGAACCCCCUGCAGGAUGAAAAAGGACAAACUACUACUACUAGUGUCGGAAGCGUCCCCAGGAUUGGGGCUACUGCUGAAGAUCGCCCUUGAACUUUAUCUUUCGCUCCGAUCUGAUGGGGAACGGUGUUCUGGGUUUGCUAUGUUGUCAUGGUACUAUACUGUGUGUGUGGAUGUAUGUGUGUGUGUGGGUGGAUGACGUCACGCCAACUGCCGCUAUCGCGCUCAACGUUAUCACGAAGUGGUGAUUAUCGUGACGGAGAUAUUUUUUUACUGUAUUUAGCUUGUGUGCGCAACAAGGCAUUACUUAAUUGUUUUGCCAGAUGAGUUUUGUCGUUGUUCUUCCCCUUUCCGCGGCUUCAUAUCAUUUUUUUAGCAUAUCUAUUUUUGAUUUGGUUUAUAUGGCUUGUGUUAUGAAAUGCAUAAAUUCACUUCAUUCUUACUUGUCAUCUCUCAGCGUGCAGAAAGCCUUUGGAAGAUUGCAGUUUUGCGUCUAAUUACUUGCAAAUAGAAUUAUCUUUACACGUUUCUGGAUGGAGUCAGCUAUUUUAUUUUCUCAGGUCCCCUUUGCUGAAACUGCAGACGAGCACGUCUCCAGCUGCAUUGCGGCUCUUCAGCGGGAACGUCAAGCCAUCUCCGACGAGGUUGAGCAGGCCUUCGCAGUCCGUACGGCGACGACCGACGGCGGCGGCAACUCAGGAGAAGAGGUUGAUGCGGCGAAAGGUGAACAAAGUCGCCCCCUCUCUCCUCCCCAACGGAUGAAUCUUCUGAAGCUACAUGCGAUGCAUCGACGGCGGUUGUAUCUGCAGUACGCCGAGCAGCUCUCCCACCUGUCGGAUACGCAUCAGCUUUACAAGCUUCUGAUGUGGUGCCAUGAUCACCACCUCUUUAUUCACCCCAGUGUGCGGGCGGUACGCCGCCGCACGGAGUUCCGCGAUCACGCUUUCCUCGUCGCGGAGGACGUUCCACGUCUGACGCCGCUCCUGGCGAUCCCGGAGCACCUGGUGAUUGGAUUCAAAGAUGCCAACGCGAGCGGUGAUAUGGGGGAUGGUCAGAAUAACCUGUACGAUGCCCGACGGUCGAAGGAAUUUCAUGCCAUCAAUAGCGGUGGGAAUUCCUCUGAGGCGGAUGUUUGUCAAUUCUUUUUCGAUUCCCUGGGGAUGCUUGUUUCAGACCUGGUGACGGCGAAAAGCAGCCCGCUCAGCGAUUUGCGCUGCUGCUUUGCAGAGUCUCUUUCAAAGACGCGCACGCUGCAAAAUGCCCCUUACUUUGAGGAUGAUGUCGUCUUUAACCCGGCCGAGCCCUGCCUGGCGGAUGUGUUGCUGCAAAUGAUCCGAAAUUACAUCAGGGGUGGCCCGCUAGUCAAUAAGAUUCCUAUGCAAGAGCUGCAGUGGGCUGUGAGCAUUUGUUUAUCGCACUCGACGCCGCUGUGUAUUGAUUCCGUGCGGUCCAUUGGGAUCCUCCCCAUGAUCCACACGUUUCCGCACGGGGGUGAGCAGACGAACGCCUACCUCGUGGCUCGCACUUCGCGUCGCGGAGCUUCUGCGAAGAUGGCAUCUUUUUUCCGGCAUCAGUUCGGGUAUGACUUCAACUCGAUUUAUGGCGGCAAGUGGAUUUACUUGCUUCCCGAUAGGCCGCUCCACGCCGGGGAGGAGAUCCACAUUCAAGCGAUGGCGCCCAUAUGCGAUAAGGACGAUGUGGAGGGACAGCAAAUGUGGCGCCUUAGCUGCGGCAGUGCUCCUUCGAGCUACAAGAGUACCGCUGAGGUUGCGGAGCGUCAGGCAAAACUGACAGCUGAGGUGAUCUCCCUUGGCGAGGGGUACUUGGCUCGAGAACAGAAGAGCUAA